CUUCCUGUUUACUAACCGCGGGAUGAUUUGUGUGUGCUUGUUAUAUUAUGGUGAAAGAUAGCCGUGCUUUGAUUCUGCAUGCACAGGGAUCAAAUGAACACCUGGAGAAAAAAGUCAGCUGAACAGAAAGAAAAUGUGAUUUGUGGUGAUGUCUACCUUAGAAGACAGUGUAACUGCCUUAAUCAAACAACUUUGUGUGUUGCAUGCAAAUGACCCACGGAGGGCUUUCCUUAAUCAGCCUACUCAUUCAAAGUCUGAGAUACAGAAACGACUCAAGAGGAAAGCAUAUGAAACAAUAUUUGCCUUUCUUGUUGGACCAAUAAGAUGGCAGUGGCAGAUUUCCUUACAGAACAACCAUGUGGAGGAUGAACGUGUCCAUAUCCUUAGCUAUGCUUUUGACCUGAGAUGUAAGCGACGGUACGAUGAUGCAAAUCGACUCGAAGAAUUGCUGGAAAGUUUGGUUAACAUCAGUAACACUGAUGUCAGUGAGGACAAAAAAGUCUGCACAUCAGAAAAUGAACCUGAUAUGCGAUCCAUCCUUAAAUUCCUGGUGCUGUUGGCCGACACGGGUCCACAAGAGAUCAGAGAUGUCAUGGGGUAUGAGACACAGCAUCUUCCCAAAUCGGUAGACAAGGUGGAGAUGGGAGUGUUACCCUCAGGACCUAUGUUGUAUGGAGAUACCAGUGUCUACAGACCUGACCACAAGUUCUACAUGCACUUCCCAAGUUUGCUGUUUGAAGCAGAACCACUGCAGUUUGAAGAUAAAGGGCUUCAGAUCUUCUGUCUUUCUCCUGGGGAGAGUUUGUCUGGGCAGGGUCUCUUUAAUGUCAAGGGUUACCUGGGUGACAGCUAUGAGAAGCAGUGUAGUGGUACACUGUUUGGCGGACUGGUACAGAGCCAGAUGGUGUCGCUACAGGACAGAUUACAGUUACCCGACUUGGCAGAUCCAGAAGACAGUGGAAUGUUUGAUGUCCGAAUACCCAAAGUUCUGUCUGGCACCAGAAGUCAGUCAACGGUAGAAGAUGACAGUGCUGUCCACAGUUUGGAUAUGACUGGCAGUACCCAGCUACCGCAGCUGGAAGGAUCCAAGUCCCUUAGCUACAUCAGUGACACAGACUCUGCUGUGGGAUGCUCCAUUUGGGAGGAAGCACUUGAAUUCACCCUUAGUAAAUACUUUCAAUGGGAAACACGAGGUCGUGAGCCCGGAACCACACUAGACCUCCCAUACCUAUCUGAGUGCGGGCCCACUGGCCUAGACAUGUGGAACAGCAUGAAGAUGAAGGAACUGUCAAUCAUGUGUCCAUCAGUACCACUACCGACCCUACAUGUAAGGAGUGAGAGGAAUGUUGUCCGAGACAUUAUCAAUGUGAUGAUUGGAAUACCCUCUACCACCUACCAGCUUAUUCCUGAAACUCAAUCCUUUGAGAUGCUGGAAGGGGUCUACAUCAGUGGAAUGACACCAGAGUGUCUUCGUCGAGUCUCGCAUGAUUUUUUGGUGUGUGGUACAUACUACAACCAUCUAGUGCAGUUCUCCUUGCCUCCAUUCGUCGACUCGUUCUACAGCAAGGGUCUUGUGUACCAGGCUUAUUGUGGGGCCAUACGGAAGUACCUCCAGCAUUAUAGAGGUGUAAUACUGUCAAUACCCCAAACCAUGUCGUUAUUGCGUCUCAAGUUUAUCUGCCAGAAAAUCUUCAACCAAAUAAGAUUUCUUGCAAAUUUAUGCAAAUGUACAACUAUGGAGGACCUACUAGAUGAGGACAAUUUCCCAACAGGUGUGAGUCUGCUGAGCUACCUGUAUCGAGAGUGUCUGGAAUGUUCCAGUACUGAUCACUACCCAAUGAUGAUGUCCAUCCUGCAGUCAUCAUCUGGACCCUACACCCUGUUUGUACAGGACUGGGUGUUUCACGGAAUUUGUCAGGACAUCUAUGGAGAGUUCAUGAUAGAAAUCCAUGCAGACUACCUACAAUUCAGAGACAAGAACUACUGGGCGAAUGGUUACAAGAUGAUGACCAAAAAAGAGUCCGAUAGUGUACCACUGUUCCUCGCAGACCUCGCCUCAGAUAUAUUCAUCUGUGGCAAGUCCAUCAAUCUCCUCAAGGCGUGUUGUUCCCAGAAUUUUCUGUGUAACAUAGCUGACAUUGACAUACCCAGGAUAUCGGUCACAUUCUCGGAGGAGGAACUUGGUAAUCUAGAUGGCCAGUGUCAGUUUUAUGUCAACAAAAUGAAGCAAAUAGCACGGCAGUUGACCAUCUCAAGAAAACAGAAGGAAGAGAUGGAAGAGGCUGCAAAGAAAGAUAUGUUACUUAAGGCAAAAGAAGUGGCCACGCAGGAGAUACAGAAACUACAGAGUAGAAUACAGGAGAACCGAAGAGUCCAGGACUCAAAGAAAAGGAAACAGUUCCAGUUCCUUAAGGAUCAGAUGGAAGCAGACUUACAGAGAAGAGCAAAUGUGAAAGAGCAAGUAAAGGAAGAGGACAAGAUGAUGAUAGCUAGGGUGAUGAAGGAGGAGGAUACCAUGACAGCUCAUGAGCUAGAGCUGGAAAGGAAAGCCAGGGAAGAGUUAAUAGAAUACUACAGCAAGCUGAGUGAGGAGGCAACCCUGAGAGAACAGCGGGCAUUGUGGCAUGUCAAACGAGCCCAGUUAGACCAGAGCAGACGUGACUUUCUACAGCGGGAUAGUGUACACUGGCAGGCAGAACUUGAGAAGGCUGCUAUUGUUACGGAAUCCAUUACUGCACAGAAGCCAGAAGAUAUAAGUACAGACACAGCCCUUCUUCCAACCUUGGCAGUGGGAGAAGGGAGAGGCGGACCCACUGUUGUGAGUGAUGAAGGCGACGCCGAUCUCCCUGGAUGGGCACAGCGAGGACUAACAAGUACUAGUACCCUAACUGUUGACUCCAGUAUGCCUGCCUGGGCUCAACAAGAGUUACCAGCGUCAGACACAGAAGGAAGAGAUUUAACCCCAGGGAAGACCAAGUCCCCUCGCCGCUCCCUCCCUUCUCCUCCAUCCCGCCCAGCAGGGCGACCUUCCACACCCACACUGAAAAGACCUCCAACUCCGACCUUAAAAACUGGCAAACGCUUGAGUGAUACAUUUUACGCAACAGCUCAAACUGAAGAAUGUGCUCUUAAAUCAAGUAUUCAUGUUUUCCCAGAAAAACAUGCUACCACAGAAACGGACCCAGAUGACGUACACAAAUCACAAAUUAAGCAGGUGCAAAAUAUCAGUGUUAACAUGGAGAGUGAAGAACAACAGGAGUGCUUACACAUAAGAAUGGCGGACGGAAUGCAUGCCACCAAAGAGACAGAGUCACAUGAGGAAGUGGUGCCCCACAGAAAACCUAACAUGGAAAUGAAUAUCAACAAACAAUCAACAGAGGAGAGGCAGCUUCCUCGCAUGAAGAAAAAUGCAGAAAUGCAUGGUACAAAACAGACAGAAUCAACUGAGUGGCUCAUAAAAAAACCUAGCACUUUUGGUCAGGUGUCAAAAAUGUCUGCUUUGGGGGACGAAUUUGUGAUCCAGGCUCCAAGACUGAAAAAGUUUGAACAUUUUCAUUCUUCUAUGGAAUCCAAAUUCAGCAAAGACUUCGGAAUUAAACCCCGAAUCAGAAUGAGUAAGACCAUGUCCUCAACCACCGAGUCUAAAUAUGUAGAGGACAGUAGGCCCAGAAUCAAGAUGGGUAAAAUGUCUGCCUCAAUGGAGAGCGAAAGGAUUGAUCAUGAUGAAAACAGACUUGAGAAAUUUAAAUCUUUGAAUGUGCAUGGUCAUUCAUCAGACUCAACUGUUCAGAAGCUGUUGUAUGGUGACAGAAAAGCCAUGCAGGAGGUCAAGGAGCAAGAACUUGGUGACAUCAGAGAACCCCCUGUUUGGGCUGACUCACCCGCCACACAAAUGUUCACAUACGAGGACAACUUUGAACACUUAACUAAUACACCUGUGGUCGAUCUUCUCUCAUCAAAGGAAUUGUCUGCAUAUGGCAGGUUUGGUGACUACGGUAUCAGCCAGAGUGCUGACGUGGAUAUGUACCGCUACAUGCCUCUUCCUCAGCUGCUGGAGCGAUCCGUCACUGCACCUCUGUUAGCUCAGAUCUCGCUGGUAAAUGAUAAUGUGAUCAACUACUUCACUGUGGAUAUGGAGAUAAAGAACCACUUCAAGGCUCUCCGACGCUAUCUGUUUAUGGGAGAUGGAGACUUUGCACAAAUCCUUAGUGACAUUCUUCUUGAAAAGCUUGCCAAUAGUCCAAAGGCACAAGAGAUGUUGAACCCCGUAUUUUUGAACAGUGCUCUCAACAAGGCCCUGAAGUCGUCCAUGCAUGCUGAUGAUCCAUUUGCAGACAACCUCAGUUUUGCCUUACGAUACGUCCCUAAAGUCCUGAUGCAGAAUGCCUAUGACACUUUAGACUGUUUAGAGCUACGAUACAAGGUGACCUGGCCACUGAACAUUGUAAUAACCGACUCCUUGAUCAGCAAGUACAGCAAGGUCUUCUCCUUCAUGCUUCAGCUGAAACGCACAGUGUGGGUCCUAAAGGACGUCUGGUACAGACUCAAACGUGAUGCUAUGGUUCACAAGGCGGGAGGCUCCUCACACUUUCGUCAGCUACAGCUCCAUAGGCAGGAGAUGCAGCACUUUGUAAAGGUGAUGCAGGGUUACAUAGCUAACCAGGUAAUACAUGUUACCUGGUGUGAGUUUACCGAGGCACUCAAAAGCGAUGUCCACAACCUUGAUGACCUACAUAAGGUCCACUCCAACUACCUAGAUAAAGCCAUAUUCAGAUGCUUACUGAACAAGAAAGCUGGGGCAGUGAUGAAAAUCAUACAGGACAUCUUUUCUCUUAUCCUGAAAUUCCGAUUACAACUGGUUAAUGCAGAAUGGCAAUAUGAUGAGGAUACAGGAAAUCUAGCUCAUUCUAACUUCCAGAGUAUGGUGGCAUCGUACAAAGCUUUUAGAGAGUACUCAGUCUUUCUUUUCAAGGUCGUUAACAAGCUGGCCAUAAGAGGAUAUCAACCCCAUUUACAGGAACUGUUGUUACGUCUCAACUUCAACGACUAUUACAAGGCACGAUAAAUGUCAAUUACAGGAACUGUUGUUACGUCUCAACAUCAACGACUAUUACAAGGCACAAUAGAUGUCAAUUACAGGAACUGUUGUUACGUCUCAACUUCAACAACUAUUACAAGGCACGAUAGAUGUCAAUUACAGGAACUGUUGUUACGUCUCAACUUCAACGACUAUUACAAGGCACGAUAGAUGUCAAUUACAGGAACUGUUGUUACGUCUCAACUUCAACGACUAUUACAAGGCACGAUACAGGUCAAACGUACUAUUACACUUAGUAUAGGACUCCUAUUGAUACACAGUGGUCAAGGAUAGCUGAUCUUGGCGACACAUUUUAUGUCAAAAAAUGAAUAAUAAAGUAAUACAUGUACUCCACAUUGUGAUGCUGUGUGAGUUGAGGACAACUCAACAUUGUGACAAACUGUGGGUCGAGUAAAACUCUGCAUUAAAACCCACUAAGGUUCAAGAAAAACUCUCAGCAUGCAACACCGAGGGUCAAGGACAACUUACCAUGGUGAAAAACAGUGCCUCAAGGAAUUACUGGUAAAGUUCAACUCAUCGAAAUGAUAAAAAGGAGGUCAAGGACAUCUCAGCAUUGUGACACACAAGGUCAAGGACAACUAACUGUAUAGGGAAACACUGAGUGAAAGAAAACCCAUCAUAAAGACAGACUGUCAGUGGUAAAUCAUGACUGUAAUAUACCGAGAUGAAGGAAAACAUACCACCUAUAGCUUAUAGUAUCCUAACCCAUAUGUUUAGGUAUCAAGUUUGAUGGAUUUAAAAGUGGUUUAUGUUCCUGGAUUGAGUGCUAUGUGGAAAUAAUAACAUCUGAAGCUGAUGAAAGAACAGUUUCUCUCAUAUGCAGUCACUUAAUAUUGAUGUUGAUGAAGCAACCUAACUUGUAAACUUUCCAUAAACUGUGAUAGCUCCAGCCAUUUAACAUGUUGAACUGUCAAUAUAUAUGGCGUGGAGAAAAUUUAUGCAAAAUGUUAUAGAAGAAUGCAUUUAGAUUUAAUAAAUAAAAUAGAUAUAUGUUU